UGUGAUCUUUUGGUCAUAAAAGGUCGACUUAUACACAAGUAAAUACGGUAAAUUAUUAAAAUAGUGAUUCCAAAUUAGAUUAUGAUUAUGAUAUUGGUUAUAAUUAGUGUCUAAGUUGUAGAUAUUCAAUUUUUUCCUAAACAGACAGGGCAAGCUGGAGGUGCUGUAGCACUGUCUGUGCUACUCACAGUGUUUUGUAACUUGGCCGCUGCAUUUACUGUUCCUCCUCUUAUGGCCUGGAUAAUAAAUUUUGAGAACAUCAGGCUGGAUCUACUUACAUUUUUUAUUAAACUGUUGCUGACAGUGCUUCUUCCAUUAUUGGUUGGCAAAGGUUUGAGAUAUAUAUCCCAUGUGAAGUCAUGUGUGAAGAAAUAUUCCAAGAGACUGAAAGUGAGCAGCAUCAUACUAUUGACUAUGAUUCCUUGGCUGAAGGUCAGCCAAGCAAGUGCACAAGAAGCCUUCACUGGGAUCUCUGUUACAAGUUAUUUUGCUGUUAUUGGAUGGGGCCAAGCAAUGCACCUUCUUUUUAUCAUCAUUGUCAUUUUUCCAUGUUUUCUAUUGAAACUGGAAAAACCUGCUCUCAAGUCAGUUGUGAUAAUGGCCAGUCAAAAAUCCCUGGCAGUUGCAGUAUCAAUAACCGGUUACCUUCCAUUUACGCAAGCUGAACAAGGCUUGCUAAGCUUACCAAUGAUUUUAAUGCACCUUGGAAUUCUUCUGUCUGAUUCAGUGUGGGCAUCUUGGUGGUUUGCAUGGGAUGCCAAGAAAGAAAAAGAGAAAGCUGGCCCUGGCAACAUGGCAUUUAAUGGAGAUGAGACUACUAAUCAAACAACUAAUGAUGAGCUGGAUCAUUUAUCCUGUGAUGCAAAUCAACAGUUUUAUGUUUCAUCUGUUUAAUGACCUAAUUUAAGUCAUAUACCAAUUUUCAUCAAAGAAUGGCUGUGCUCUAAUAAGCACCCUUCCCAAAUUAGCACCCACCCUCCAGGCCAUAGUAUCAAACAAGCACCCUGCUUGAAUAAAUACCCCUUUUCCUUUUUCCCCCUCCCCUCC